CAAAACCAAAAGGAUAUUCGAAGGACUCAAUUGUCAUUAUAACAAAUAUUGAAAUCCAACACUGAUCCAGUCAGUCAAUCUUGUCAUCUCCGUCACCAACUACCGCUCACAAAAACCCUCAAUACUCUGAAACACCAUCCACACACACAGACUCAUAAGAAUGGCGGUGACAUAUGCAGCUUUACCAAAUAUUAGCUCAAUUUCAGCUCCACGAAGCUUCAAUUCUACCAAAACAACAAAAUCCGUUUGCUCUUUUUCAUCUUUGAAGCUUCAGAAAUCUGCAUUAUCUUCGACCUUUUUAUCCGAUUCGUUAUGUCUCUCUUCUUACCCGGUUCAGAACACAACCAGCAGCCGAUUUUCCCCCGUUCGAGCCAUGGCUGAGGAAGCAUCACUGCAAUCAAAAGUGACUCAAAAAGUCUAUUUUGAUAUAGGCAUUGGAAAUCCUGUAGGAAAGCUCGUAGGAAGAAUUGUAAUUGGACUGUAUGGUGAUGACGUGCCCCAAACUGCUGAGAAUUUCCGUGCUUUAUGCACAGGAGAAAAGGGCUUUGGCUACAAGGGCUCUAGCUUCCAUCGCGUUAUAAAGGAUUUUAUGAUUCAAGGAGGAGACUUUGACAAAGGAAAUGGAACGGGCGGUAAAAGCAUUUAUGGUCGUACAUUCAAAGAUGAAAACUUCAAGCUGACUCAUACUGGACCUGGAAUUGUUAGCAUGGCAAAUGCUGGCCCCAAUACCAAUGGAAGCCAAUUUUUCAUUUGCACUGUCAAGACACCAUGGCUUGAUCAGAGACACGUCGUUUUUGGACAAGUUUUGGAGGGUAUGGACAUUGUAAAGCUGAUUGAGUCGCAAGAGACUGACAGAGGUGAUCGUCCCGUAAAAAGGGUUGUCAUAAAUGACUGUGGUGAGCUUCCAAUGGUUUGAGGUGGAAAUUUAUGGUUCAAGUAUUUCAAAAUCUCCAAUUUUCAUUUUCCCUUCAAGUUUCGCGCUCUUCCCUGCUAUAGAGGGCUGUUCGGGAACAAUGUCCGAUUCUGAGCUGUAACUUUUUUGUAUUCUAAGACGAGUAAGCGCGAAAAGUGGAAGCUAUGAUUAUUUCGCUGUACUUUAUGAUAUAUUCAAUCUGAGUACAAUUUGAGGUGAGGUACAUGGUAAUGCCAGUACACUUCUCAUUGAUGUUUGUUACAUGAAGAUAAUGAUGCUAAUGACAGGUUGCUGCAUGGUUAGUAAAUUGAAA